AUGGCGUUAGCGAAUAACUUGACCGCGAUACUGAACUUACUUGCGUUACUAUGCUCAAUACCUAUAACGGUGUCAGGGAUAUGGCUUGCCUCAAAGCCUGACAACGAGUGUGUCAAUCUCCUCCGUUGGCCUGUUGUCGUCCUCGGCGUUCUCAUCCUCGUCGUCUCCGCUUGCGGCUUCAUCGGCGCCUACCAUCACAAGGAGACUCUUCUGGCUGUUUACUUGUGCUGUAUGGCGAUACUGAUCGGACUUUUGCUGGUGGUUCUGAUAUUCGCUUUCGUGGUGACCCGACCCGACGGGUCGUAUCAAGUUCCGGGUCGAGGUUACAAAGAGUACAGGCUUGAAGGGUUCUCGAAUUGGCUGAGAGAGAACGUUGUGGAUUCAAAGAACUGGGGGAAUAUAAGGGCUUGUCUGGCUGAUACAAACGUUUGUCCUAAGCUCAGCCAACAGUUCAUCACCGCUGAUCAGUUCUUCUCUUCCUCUUCCAUCACUCCUCUCCAGAGGUUCUUCACUUACGUGGAUCAUUCCUCUGGGUUCGGUCAGGCAGCAGUCCAUUUCAUCCGGGAAGACUAUACUUGGGUUGGGGACAAGGCCCAACAUCCAAUAUCGUAUUUAAUGACAAGAACUGACAGUUCUCCCCGCCUGUCGUCGAACCUAUGAGUAUAACAAUUGGCUCACAAAGUCUUUACCAAACUGCUUCCUCAUCCCGUCCGCAAAGCUUAUUGUUUAACUUUUUAAAGCAAAUAUUGACCAAAGUGAUUGCUAUAAAUAUCCUAUUUUUAGUUACAUUUGAAUAGAAUCCCGUGC